AUGGCCGAAAGCCCACCAGAUCCUCAAAAACAGAUUGUACAAACAGUAUCAGCAGUGCUUAAUGUCAAAGAGGAAAUAAUAAACCAAGCUUUAGUAUUUAAAAAUAUAUCAUUUACUAAGAACGUUGAAAAAGUAUGCAAGAUUUUGAAAACCCAAAAAGAAUCAUGGAAGAGAACAAAAGAGUUGUGCAAUUACUUCCAAAUUUUAGAUCCGUAUGAUCCAAAAUCUACGACAAAUACAAAUACAAGUCAAGAAGUAGGAACGAAAGACCAGACUACAGAUGAAUCUCGUAUUCAAGAAUACAGUAAUGAUAAUAACAAUACUAUUAAAGAUAAACAGGAUGAGAGUGUAAGAGAAUUUACAGGAGAAGAUUUUGCGCUAGCAUUCUUGGAGCUUUGUUGUACAAGCGAAGGUAAAUCGUCAAUACUUUCUAUAAUCGAAGGUAUAAUGGCUUGCAGAGAGAAGAAUUAUUUUGUCAAGGAAAUUUGUUUUGAAAUUGGAGAAGAAGGGAAUGGAUUUUACUUUGAUAAAAGUGGUAGAAACCAGCCAACUAUCAUUUUGAACAAAUGGAUACUCAAAAGAAGAGAAUUUGGCGUUGUUGUUGCUGGUGGAUACUCGCAUUUCAUACCUGUUCCUGCCUACAUAUUAGGCCACGAAAUUCGCCAUGGAAGACACUUCUUGCAGUCAGAAUGCUUGGGAUAUAUGGAAUGCAGUUUGGCAUUCUGUCGAUUCUUCAAUAUGGUGGGACCAUGGACCAUGCUAACUUUGCUAGCAAGCUCCUAUAAAAAGAAUGCCGUUGAAUUCUGUAAGAACGCCGAAGCAGAUUUGAAUCGAAUAAACCUAAAGACAUGCCAAAAGAAGAGGUUCAAGACAGAUAUAUCGAAAAAAAUGAAUUUUUACUCUCAUUGA